AUCUUCAUAAGUAAACAAAUGAUUUUAUAUUGUAAAAUAGUAAAAAAUUUAGUCAACCAUAUAAAGUUGUCCUUUUAAAGGGUGUAAAUCAAAAUAUUUUAAAACAGGAACGGUCUUAUAUCCGUUAAAACGUAAUGGGUGCAUUGAGAAUCUAAUUUUACACCGUCACGAUUUAUAGGCAUACAAAAUGAAACUUAAAAUGUUCAACAAUGUGAAGGAAAUAUUGUGUUAAAACAAUUUCCCGUUUGAAUACACGUAACAAUAUGUGGUAAAUUCACGUUAUAUGAAAUUUGGAUGACACAGGCGUAAAAUGGACCCGAGAAAAUGGAUCAAGAUAUAUUGUUGGAUUAUAAUGGAGAGAAGAAAAUGUAUAGUGAUCCCGUGUUUAACCUGUGCCUUUGUGUUGAUAUUCUUCGUGUUCCAGACGGACGUCAACAAAUUCCCAUUUUUUGAAGUCUUCGAAAAUUCGAUGAAAAAUGAAAGAACAACAAAACGUAACUCGACGGAACACACUUCACUUUCUUUUAAAGGAAAUGGAAACAUUCCAGUUCUAUCUAAAAACGUUAGAAAUGAAUCAACAACAAAAAUGUUCCUGAAACAAACCACAUUAAAUUUGACUACUAAAGGAAUGACAACUUCUACUAUAAAUUCAACACAAUCACCCCUGAAACAAACCAAAUUAAAUUUUACUUCUAAAGGAAUGAGAAUUUCUACUACUAAAGGAAUGACGAUGUCUAUUACCAAAGGAAUGACGAUUUCUACUACAAAAGGAAUGACAAAUUCUACUACAAAAGGAAUGACAAAUUCUAAUACUAAAGGAAUGACAAUUUCUGAUACUAAAGGAAUGAUAAUUUCUCUAACUAAAGGAAUAAUAAUUUCUACUACAAAUCCAGCUAUCAGUGCAGUUAGAAACAAUUCUAACAAUAUUACACAUUUUUUAUGUCCAAACUUUAUGGGCGGAUUUGGUAACAUGAUGUUCCAAUUGGCCGCACACUUUGGUGUUGCAAAGUCUAAAGGUAUGCGGGUUAUUGUUGCAAACAACUCGGAGUUAAAUCGUGUUUUCAAACUAGAAGACAUUGAUAUCAGAAAUAAUAUAGAUAUUUGCAAGACAUUUAUUUCCAGAGGAGAAAAACAAAAUUGCGCUUAUGAUAAAAAUAUACUCAACUUUAACAAUUCUCAAAACAUAAGACUUGGACAAUAUCUUCAGUCUUGGAAAUAUUUUUAUGAUUUUAGAAGCCAACUUAGGAAACAGUUCACAUUUAGAGAUCUUUUACUUCAAGAAGCAAAAAGUAAAAUAUUUCAAACAGUGAAACAAUUCAAUAUAGGAUCAUCAAGGGACGUAACUCUAGUUGGUGUUCAUGUACGCAGAGGAGACAUGGUAACUCAUAAAUUUGGAUAUAAUAUAGCGACACCAGAAUAUUUAACUAAAGCCGUGCAAUACUAUAAAUCAAAAUAUAAGAAUGUAAUAUUUAUCAUAGCAUCUCAAGAUAUUCCAUGGACUAAAGCUAACAUGCCAAACAACACAAACGUUGAAUACUUGAAUAGUCCGAAAAGGGAGAUAAUCGUAGCUACUUUAUCAUUAUGUAAUCAUACCAUAACAACAGUGGGGUCAUUUAGCUGGUGGAUAGGAUGGCUUACAGGAGGAGAAGUUACGUAUUUCAAAUGGCCAGCAAAAGAAGGAUCUGGAUUAAGAAAACAAUACAGCAAAGAUUUUUUGGAUUUUUACUACCCGGGGUGGAUUGGAAUGUGAACGGUAUAACUUCUGGAUAUAAUAUUUCAGAAAUAUCUAAAUAUGAGUAUACUUUCCGAAACAUUUAAGGUGACAAAAAAGUAUAUAAAGUUAGCUUCAAUGUGCACGAUUUAUCUUGGUGAAUGGUUACUUUUGAAUUAGGAUGAGAAACAUCAAACGUUAGAUUCAAGUAACGAGAUCUCCCAUACCCAUCUUUAAAGAGGCCAAAAGUGUUGCAUUAACGUGUAUGUAGAUACGAUUGUUUUACCUCUCUUCUCAGAACAGUUGACUGUUUUAUUUCAGGAGAGGAUUUUUUUAGGGGACAGUGUGUGGUUUCAUCGUUUUGAACCUUUUUGCUUACCAUGGUUAUUAGUUGUUGAUGGGUUAUCUCAGAAUGUAAAACCAUUCAAACGGAGGUAAAAAAAAAAACAAUUAAAAAAGGUGCAAACAAAUGCAGCGGGUUUAAACGUUUUAAUAGGUACUAAACUUAACCCUUACCAGAAAAAAAGUGUACCAUUACAACAUAAAAAGACACAUGCACAAUAAAAUAUCAGUGAAAUGGCUCAACUCAAUUAAAAGACAUAUAAGCACAAGCGAACAAACACUGAACGAAUAAAUUUGAUCAAUGAAACAAUUUGAAUACAAAACCAAUAAAAUAAGGGGUGAAUAAAUAAAGACAACAGUAGUAAACCGAUAUGGUAAGUAAAAUAAUUUCAGAGAGUCAACUAUAGAACAUAGAAACCCUAAACAAAUAACCUUACCGUCAAAUAGAACAAUGUACACCGGUAAAAGAAUAUUAUUUUGUUGUAAGGUAUACAAUAUAGAGAUAGAAAAAUAUUGAAAACAACACUUAUAAUAUUUUUUUGCGUCCGAAGCUGUUUUCUGGAUUUACCUUCAAGAGGAACGCUCAAGCAAAAUAUUUAAAAGCCGCAGAUGUAUAAAUACCGAAACAGUUGACGAGCUUUAUGACAAAAAUACCUUAUACACAGCCAAAUCCAUCUCCGGUCAACUGUGCCUGAGGAAGUUGAAACCUUAGUUUCUGUAAAAUUAAAAAAAAUAAUAAACGGACCAAUUGAGAAAGGUUUGUCAUAUUUCAUGUCAGUUACAAAGAAGACUGAUAUCCUCGGGGACGUAUAGCCCACAAGCAGAGGUAUUGAAAAUAAGCACGAUUUAAAAAUAGCCAGCACAUUGAUCCAGGUUCUGUCAAUAUGUGCCUUUUUAUGUGUUGUUGUAAAAAGAGUCAUUUGCAUAACGCAUUUAUUGAAUCAGCGACUUGCAUUGAAACGUUAUAUACUAGUAUGUGUUAUCAUUAAAGUACACGAUGCAUUUACCGUUUUACAUUAUAUAACCAAGCAUUUACCGUUUUAUAUUAUAUAACCAAGCAUUUACAGUCUGCAAUCUUGAUUGUUGAAGUUAAUUGUUAUUUGUCUAUGUCGUCAAGACAACAAUAGAACGACACGAAUGAUUUGAGAACUUUACGUAACUUUGUAUAGACAUAUCGUAUGAAUAAUAUUCUGUUAGAACUCAUCGUUGCAUUUUAUCUGUAAAACUGCUACCA